AUGGCUGGUAUGGUUCACAGCAAUCUUCCGGUGUUUUAUGGUAAAGAUUUUGACGAUUGGUGCGUCAAAAUGGAGGCAAUUUUUGGCUACCAAGAAGUAGAUGAUAUUGUGAAAAAAGGUUUCAAAGAACCUUUGAAGAACGACAUGGAGGACGUGAAGAAAGAAUAUAAGGAGAAUAAGCGUUUGGAUUGUAAAGCCAGGAUGCUACUUCACCAAUGCAUAUCUGCGACGAUUUUUCAGAAGGUGUCGAAGGCUGUCACGGCGAAGGAAUUAUGGGAUAUUUUGCAAGAAGGGUAUGGAAAUUCCGGGAAAGUAAAAACGAUAAGACUGCAAUCUUUACAGAGGCAAUACGAGCUUCUGUGCAUGGGAGAGAAUGAGACGAUUGCAGAGUAUAUUGGCAGAAUUCAGAUUGUUGCAAACGCGAUGAGGGCCUGUGAUAAAAUUGUGAAAGAUAAGAAGAUGGUUGAAAAAAUUCUUAGAACGUUGACUCCUCAAUACGAUCACAUAGUCGUUGCGAUAGAGGAAUGUAAGGAUCUUGAUAAAAUGAAGAUUGAGGAGUUGCAAAACUCUCUCGAAGCCCAUGAACAAAGGUUGAUAGAAAGAAGGAACGCAGAAAAAAACGUGGCACAAGGAACGAACCAGGCGCUGCAAGCAAGAAGCAAUCAAAGCUUCAAGAAUCGUGGGAGAGGAAGAGGAAGAUCACGCGGAGGACGCAGUGGUGGCAGAAAUUCGAAAUUUUCAGAUCAAAACAGUGAUAGCAAUGGCGGUGAGCAGAAGAAUGGAAGUUGGCGAGGGGGCAGACAUUCCAGUGGUAGAGGCCGAAAAGGGUAUGAUAAAAGAAAUGUCCAAUGUUUCACAUGCAGAAAAUACGGCCAUUAUUCCUCGGAGUGUUGGCACAAUGAAGAUACGAAGAAAACCAAGAUUGGAGAGUCAGCCAAUCUUGCGCAAGAAACUGAAGAAUCGGAGUCUGACCACGUUGUGUUGAUGAGCACAGUGGAACGAUUCGGAAAAAGACAAUGUGAGAAAUUGACGUUGAACAGGUGUAAGCAAGAAAUGGUUUCGGUGGACAGGUGCAAUGAAGCACAUGUGUCAAUCAUAGAAGAAGGUGGAGAACAGGUGUCGUCUUCGGACGAAACGAGACAUGCAGACAAUGAAGCAUCUGCACAUGCGUUGCUCUCCAACGAUGUAAACCAAGCGGCGAAUGAUGAUUCAUGCAGCUGGUACUUGGACACGGGUUGUUCGAAUCACAUGACAGGUAGACGAGAAUGGUUGGUGAAUCUUGAUUCAAGUAUAAAGAGCUGUGUGAGGUUCGCGGAUAACAGCACUAUUAGGGCGGAAGGAAUUGGCAGAGUCUUGAUCAGCUGUAAGGAUGGCAAGAUUACGUAUAUGGAUGAUGUGCUAUACGUUCCGACAAUGAAGAGCAACCUACUGAGUUUGGGGCAACUCCUGGAGAAAGGGUAUACUAUGUCUAUGCAUCAGAAACACAUAGAAGUGUUUGACAGCAAACAGCGUCCUGUGAUUAAAGCACCACUUGCUCGAAACAGAACUUUCAAAGUGAAUUUGAAUGCUACAGCAAUACAAUGCUUAUCCUCCUUAAACCACGAAGAAGAGAGAUGGUUAUGGCAUUUCAGAUACGGGCACUUGAACUUCAAAAGUUUGAGUCAACUAAAAGGAAAAGAAUUAGUGAAAGGUGUGCCUCUCAUAAUUGUUCCAGAUAGAAUCUGUGAAAGUUGUGUCGUUGGAAAACAACCUAGAAGAAAAUUUGAAAAAGUCGCACCCAGGAGAUCGAAGCAGUCUCUGGACGUUAUUCAUUCAGAUAUCAGAGUAUUUAGAACUGAUGGAGGGGGAGAGUUUAACUCUGUCGAGAUGGACAAGUUUUGUACUGAUAAAGGCAUUGUGCACGAGGUCACGGCUCCAUAUACCCCCCAGCAUAAUGGCUUAGCCGAAAGAAGGAAUAGGAUGAUACUUGACAUGACGAGGUGCAUGCUCAAAGCUAAGAAACUGUCGCAUUGUUUGUGGGGAGAGGUUGUGUCUACUGCGGUCUACUUGCUAAAUAGAAGUCCAACAAAGGCCCUGUCAGAGUGUACUCCUGAAGAGGCUUGGUCUGGAAUUAAACCGACUGUCUACCACUUGAGAAUUUUCGGAUCUGUGUGCUACAAACAUGUCCCAGAUGAAAGAAGAAGAAAACUGGACGAUAAGAGUGAGACUCUCAUUCUUGUUGGCUACCAUCCAACAGGUGCUUACAGGUUAUACAAUCCAGAAAAGAAGCAGAUUGUCAUUAGCCGUGAUGUGAUAGUAGAUGAGGCUGCAAUGUUUGAUUGGGAGAAGGCCGAAGCAAAGUCUGAAGUAGGCUAUGUUCCAAGUUGGCUUGAAGAUAAGAGUUCAUCCAAUGCUGAGCAGUGCAAACCGUGA